AACGAAUCUGAAUACGGAGUGCAGGCACUCGAAUUAUGACAGCAUGAGGCAAGAUCCCGGAUUCUAUGCAAGCGACCCAACCGCCACGCACCUGGCAUGGCGAUUAUCCCGCUCCUGUCAUCUGAAGAGCUCGCGACGACUUCAAACUCGAAAUCACAUCAGGCUCUCACAUCUCCACGUCCCCACCCUACCUAGGUAUGUUCCCAAACAUGCUCCAGAGCUUCUCCAUACGUUCGCAAAGUCUGGUACUCUUAUCUCAAUCAGGAAUCUAUAAAACGCUGGCACGAGCGAUGGCAUCUAGAGAUGAUGUAAGCACGUCCGGCAUUUGUCAGCGACAUUGGCUACGGAGACGUCGGACUGAAGCGGAGUAUUGUGACCUGUAAUUGAUAUCACCAGUGAGAAAGCUUCAAAUGCAAGUUUGAUCUGUACUUUGGGCAAAGCCGUUUCUUAUGUAGAGACUGAUACCCUGUCAUUUUAGCAUGAUCACCACCACUGCGACUAAAAACGGCCCUAGGCCAACAGUUCGCUGCAUCUACAGCCCUAUCACCCAACCACAGCUAUAUAAUGACUAUUAUCCCGAGUGUCAGAAUACACCUACUGGAUUAAUUUCAAUUGCCUUCUCUCGAUCCACCAUUCGCAGCAUCUACACCGAUAAUGAUCCCAUCCGCGGUGUCGUACACCUAAAAUCCAAUAUCAAAGCCAAAAGCGUCAGCAUCCAAUUCAUCGGCCGCAUAACAUGUACAUCCGAGGGCACAGUCCAACACGUCUCAUCAACUGAUCUCUUCCGCUACGCGAAAUCCCUCCAGCAAAUCGCCAUGCCAAGCGAGAACUGCCCACCCCGACGCAUCGAAUACCCGUUCGAAUUCCGCUUCCCAGACGCCGUCGAGCUCGCCCCUCGAGUACCACAUCCCACGCACCCCGCCUUCGAAAGCGAGCCCGGACAUCCCCUCCCACCGAGCCUGUGGUGGAACAACGACACCGUCCGCAUCGAGUACGUGCUAGAAGCCACAUUCGCCAGCGCCUCACCGCACGCCACUGUACCCCCCAAAGUGAUCCAGCAACUCCGCUUCUCGCCCUGUGCGCCAGACUACGUGCCGCAAGCCCAUACCACACUCCCAAUCCCCAUCUCGUACCCUACCCAGCGCAGCCUCGCCCCGUCCCCGCUCCGCCGCCUCCGGACACACUUCUCCAGCACGCCUGCUCCCUUGCUCGCAGCGCCGGCGUCUCCAGUUCUCACCCUCACUGUCCCAGAGCGCUUCCGCGUCGGCGCCCCGGCCUCCAUCCUCGUCACGCUGCACCCGCAGUCCCUUGCCGCGACACACUGCGCGACACCCUCCCCCGUCUACCUCCUCGGCAUCCGCGCCCUCGCUACCUGCCGCAUAACCCACCUCCCCCCCUCGUCCUCUCUGGCCAUCAGCGAGACCCAAACCUCACCUUCAACAUCAACCUCGCCUUCGACAUUCACCCUCCUCGCCCGCCGCCACGCGCUUCCCGGCCUCCCGCUCGCCCCGGGCGUCGCAACGCCGCUCGACCCCUUCACGAUCAGCACGACGGUGCCGCCGGGGUUUCGGACGUAUGGGGUGGCGCUGGAGUAUGAGGUUUUGUGGGAGGUUGUGGUGGGGUGUGGAGGGCUGGAGGGGAGUGGGGAGGGUGUGGUGCGGGGGGUUGGGGUUGUGGGGAGGGGGGCGAGGGAGUGUGGUGGGAUGUGGGUGGGAGGGGAGGGGAGGGGGGAGGAGUUGCCGGGGUAUGAGGCGUAGUGUGGUGGUGGGUUGUGUUUGGGUUGUUGGUGCCGGUGUGUCUUUUGUCGGUGUGCGAUGGUCGGCGACACUUGUUAGGCUGGGUUUGUUGCACUUGUUGCGGAGGGUCGUUCUAUGUCUAGAGAAGAUGUCGGCAUCAUCAGCAGCAGUUUGAUACCGGCACACAGUGGUAGCGAUGGUAACAAAUUGGCGUUGAGAAUCCACGAUUCAGCGGAAUUGCCCCAAGUGAAAUGACGAGCUAGGAAGUA